AUGAAAGAAGCAGUAUUAGCUGUUCUAAACAACAAUAUAACAAUUAGGGAAGCCGCUCGUCAAUUUGAAGUGACUAAGUCAGCAUUACAGAGAUAUGUGGCGAAGUAUAGAAAUAUAGAGGAAGAUCAUAAAGUAAGUUUCAGUUUUGAAAGACAUCAUGGGCUUACUCAGGUCUUUACUGAUGAUGAAGAGCAGUUGCUUAGAGAAUAUUUGAUUAACGCCUCAAAUAUGUGCUAUGGGCUGUCUGCUAAAGAAUGUCGACUAUUUGCCUACAGGUUUGCAGUUUCAAAUCAAAAACCUGUUCCCGAAUCUUGGAGCGACAAGAAAUGCGCGGGAGAGGAAUGGAUGAAACUUUUCCGAGCUAGGCAUAAGUUAAGUCUCCGCACACCUGAGGCGACAAGUUUAAGCCGAGCAACAAGCUUUAAUAAGCACAACGUUAGCAUAUUUUUUACAAACCUGCGUAACGUUAUUGAGAAACACGGUUUUACAGCCAAUCAAAUAUACAACUGCGACGAAACUGCAGUCACGACUGUACACAAGCCUCCUAAAAUAAUGGCCUCUUGUGGCCAGAAACAAGUGGGCAAAAUAACUAGCGGCGAAAGAGGAGUUUUGGUAACGAUGUGUGCAACCAUAUGUGCUAAUGGUACAUAUGUGCCACCAUUUUUCGUAUUCCCGAGAAAAACUUUAAAACACAUAUGUUACAUGGCGCACCACCUGGUUCAAAAGGAGCAGCACACACAACUGGUUGGAUGA